AUGUUGCUCGACGGAGACCCUGGAACCCUGAUCCACCAUACAAUCGGCAACUUCAACAUCCAUCCGGAUAAGCAAGCAGUUACGCGCAUCGAUGACUCGCUUUCUACACUCCAGCAAUCGCGCGACCUGCGUAUUCGUGAAGCGGAAUCUUCUAUGCACAAGCUCUCACGCCACCUACACUCAUUGCGUACACAACAUGAGGAGGCUGUCGCUAUACAUGAUUCUGGUAAACACGCCGCGGAGAUCGUAGAGUUGGACACCAAGAAGUUCCGAAUCGCCAAAACUGCGACGGAACUAGAAAUCGAAAGCGAGCGCCUUGAAGGUGAACUUGAAAUGCUCAAGGAGCGACUAGCAGAUCUGGAGGCGCAAGGCUUGGAGGGUGAUGAGACCACGCGCCGAGAACGCGAGAUGGAUGAUGCGACAAUGUGGGUGUUGUUCCAAUCCAACUACAUAAAGUAUACGCACAUGCUAAUUACCUAUAAUAGUCUUCGACUUAAGAUUUUCCGGUCGCUUGGAAUCGAUAUCGAGCCCGAUGAGGCUGGCAACUUCCACCGCGCAGUCAUUCGGAAUAGUCGCAAGGGUGAUGUGCAUGUUGUGAACAUCGACCCGAAGUUCUCACGAUUCUUCUAUUCGAACUAUUUCUGGCAAACUAUGCAGGGAUAA